UAGUAGAGUUCCAAUUCCCCAUCACAGGUCUCAUCUCUCACACUGACGCAUUAUUGUACCUUAUAUCCCUAAAACCAUUUUCCCCAACAACCUCCCCAUCACCAUUUUCACUCCUCAUCCAUGGAAGACCUCAUUCUUUCUCCUUCAUCUUCCUCCUCCUCCUCAUCCCUCCACCACCGCCUCCGCUUUCUCCUCCACUCUCAGCCACUCCCUUGGUCCUAUGCCAUCUUCUGGCAAACCACCACCGACGACAAUGGCUCUGUUUCCCUCUCCUGGCGUGAUGGUCACUUCCAAUUCCCUUCUCAACACCCCCUCUCUCCCCCUCUCCUCCCCGACGACCCCACCGACCUCGAUUGGUUCUACAUGAUGUCCUUAACCUCCUCCUUCCCCGCCGCCGAUGCCCUCCCGGGCAAAUCCUUCACCUCUUCUUCUGUCGUCUGGCUCACUGGCUCCGAAGAACUCCACCUCCACGACUGCCAUAGAGUCAAAGAAGCUAAAUCUCACGGCAUUCAAACCUUCCUUUGCGUUCCAACUUCGUACGGUGUUCUCGAACUUGCUUCCCAACAAAUCAUCCCCGAGGACUGGGGAUUAAUCCAACAGAUAAAAUCCCUGUUCGACUCGGAUUUUGUUAAUUUCAGUACCACCACCGAUACACCACUUCCGUUUUUGGAUCAAGACUUCAACUUCGAGGAUAUUGGGUUUAUAAGCGAAGUGGCGGAGGAAGAAAUGGAAACCCCAUUAAGAAAAAAAACGAAAACAGGGGAAUGGGAGUUGUCGGAUUCCGAUAGCCCAGUUUUGAAAACAGGAGUGAUGAAAAAAACAGGGCAAAAACGAGGACGGAAGCCGAAUAUGAGUAAAGAAAAUGCAAUGAAUCACGUAGAAGCAGAACGACAGAGAAGGGAGAAACUAAACAAUAGAUUCUACGCAUUACGAUCUGUAGUACCAAAUGUAUCGAGAAUGGAUAAAGCUUCAUUGCUUUCUGAUGCGGUUUCGUAUAUAAAUGCAUUGAAGGCGAAAGUGGAGGAGAUGGAGUUGCAAUUGAGAGAGUCGAAGAAAUCGAGAGACGAGGGUGGGGAUAAUCAAAGCACCACAACGACGUCAGAGGAGCUAAUGAAGGGGAACAGUGGCGGAGGUGUAACGACGCCAACGAUAACGACAACGACAACAACGAUGACACGGUUUGAUGUGGAGGUGAAAAUCAUUGGUAGGGAUGCAAUGGUGAGAGUUCAAUCUCAUAAUUUGAACUUCCCUUCGGCGAUUGUAAUGGGUGUAUUUCGAGAUAUGGAGUUUGAAAUUCAGCAUGCGAGUAUAACAAAUGUGAAUGAUAUUAUGCUUCAAGAUGUUUUGAUUAAGCUUCCUCAUGGUUUCUCUACAGAUGAAGCUUUGAAAGCUGCUGUUUUGUCAAGAUUACAUUAAAACAAUCCUUCAUUUCUUUGGCUGUUCUGGUUUUUA